AUGUCGACCACACAGAGCUUCACAGGACAUGUGGAUCCUGAUAGAAUACCAAUUUUCAUAAACAGCCUACCAGAUCGAGAACGGCGCAUUCACAAAGCUCGACGAGCACCUGCCCCGUCAACGGCUCCUCCGGGCGGUCCAAGUAGCUUUCCCACUAGCGAUGGCAAUACGAGAUCUAAUUUGGGGAAGGUAGGAGGGUUAGUGACGUCUGGCAUGGGUUCCCGGAAGGUCUCCUUUCACGCAGGGGUGGGAGGAUCUGCAAAGGCUGGGGAACAGCGAAAGCGGGCGAGGAAGGUAAUAUGCAGCGUAUGUCAACCUAUCAUUGAUCUUCAAAUUCAUUCCUUGUUUGGCGAUGUUAUUCAGGUUGUUCAAUCAACACUGUCAGUUGCGGAUUACCAUGUUUUACCCAUGACUUCUUUGCAAAGCUCCUUGCAACCAGCGACAACUCCACUCUCCCCACCCCGUCGUCACUUUCAGCGUAAGCAAGGGAGUACCAUAAGGUCGGACACCUUGGAAGAGCUUCGACCCAGCUCCAAUGUUGUCCUGAGUCCGCGGAAGAAGCCAAAGAUUGGAGACUCUGCCUCCACUGGUCCUCCCGGGGAGUAUUCGCGGCCCAGACAAGUGGAUCGUUAUUCAGCAACUAGCGGCUUCAACGAUGGCAGCACGAUCCGAGACGGAGCUGCCGUUCAACCAGCGAUUAAGCAGAAACCUUACAAUCCCGAAGAAGUCCGCGAGUACAUGAAGCAAAAGCGGAAGCAGAGGAAGAAGAAAAAAGGAUUAGAUAUAGAGGAGGUGCCGCAAGAGCAUCAUCAUAUGAGAAUGAAGCCAUACGACGCCGAGAAGGUGCGGGCGUACAUGCAGCAAAAGUUACUACAGCGGGAUCUAGAAGAAAAAGCCAAAAGGCACGCACACAAAGAAAAGGCCAAGAAGACCGCAGACAUGCUCGACAAGCUUGAUCUGUAUCGUCGACAACAAAGGGAGAUUCUUAGAAGGAAGGUAGAGACCGACACGAAGCGUGGAUUUACCUUCAAGGCAACAGUACAUACAGAGUCUGGGGAUGGGAUGGCAGACAGCGGGUCAAAAGACUACCCAGAUUCCCAAGACAUUGCUGCAGAUUUGAAUGAGCGGCUAAACCAUGAUGUCGACCAGCGCAAGGACGCCGGAAUCAUUCAUAUGGAGACUGAUGAGGCUGAGGUACAGAAGCGUGCCCUCAAGCGCGUUCGCUCAAAUGCAAAAGACGUCACUGCAAUAGCCCCCCUUCACCGUUCACUCUCAGCACCUAUACAUAAGGAAAUUGAAACCGAACUCGCACAGCCUGAUCAGCACAAUACUCCACGACAGGCGUGGCUCCCUCAGCCUAACACAUCACCAAGGACGACUAGUCAUCCAACACCAUCUCAGCGAACUCAACCCAAUGGCACGUUUCAGAGACUUCAAGCGCUAAUGGUCACAGCUGAAGCAUUACAUCAACGUAUUAUCCGAACCCUGCCCAACACUGACGAUGAUACUUCCGUAACUGAAAGUUGUGCAGACCAGUCGUCAAUGGAUUGGACAAAAGAAGACGUGGCUCCUAGUUCGAGGCAGACGGAUCGAAUUCGAAACAAGACCGACCAGCAUGUCCAGACUUUGCCCAACACUGACGAUGAUAUUCCCGUAACUGAAAGCUAUGCAGGCCAGCUGUCAAUGGAUUUGACAAAAGAAGACGUGGCCCUUGGUCCAAGGCAGACCGAACCAAUCCGAAACAAGACCCACCAGCAUGUGCAGACCCUGCCCAACACUGACGAUGAUAUUUCCGUAACUGAAAGCUGUGCAGACCAGCCGCUAAGGGAUUUGACAAAAGGACACGUGGCUCCUAGUCUAAGGCAGACCGAAUCAAUCCGAAACAAGACCCACCAGCACGUUGAGCCGCUUCCGCCAUUAGGUGAUCUGGAGUCUCCACCAAUAGGGGACAAGUAUAGCGUGAUAAAUAUCUUUACAAGGAAAUUUACCAUUGCUACCCUCGUUGCCCCUCAUGAUGCUAACGAGAUGGAGGCGACCUGCGAUGACGAGGUCAUUGGGGGAGACAUCAUUGAUGGUAGUGCUAGCGGUGACCAGCCAUCAGAAGAUUUGGACCCUGAUAGUCAUGAUUCGGAACAGAAGGACUCUCAGUCUCACGACCCUGAUCGUCAUGGUUCGGAACAGAGGAACAUUCAGUCUCACGAGCCCGAUAGUCAUGAUUCGGAACAGAAGGACACUCAGUCUCACAUUGAAAGCGCUUAUGAGUUGUCCAAACGUGAUAACAAUCCAGAGAUCAUUCCAGCUGAUGGCCGUAAGGAGUCCUCGGAAAGAUUUGAAUCCCUUCGAGACACAAGCGUCAGCGGACCAUCCACCAGUAAUCGCAUGAACGAAGAUAUGUCACCUUCGCAAUUUAGCGAUACCACAGAUUCAUCCGCUGUCUCAAGCGAAUACUCAACCUCCAGAUCGCAAAUGAGCUACAGUUCAUUUAACUCUCGCCGACACAGCCAGCCGCCUCGAACCGGCCGCCGGAACUAUCAUCGUGCUCCUCGGCGGCACGGAAGCACACGAGAUGAGCUAUUGUGUCCCUCUAGGCGAUUAUCACCACACUCGUUGUCCAGAAAAUUGAUGGCGGAGAUCAACUUGCUAGAAGCUAUUGAAGAGUCUCGGAUUCAGCUCGCCGAACUUGAGACAACUGGUCGAACUGCUUUUGCGCAGAGUGAAGCUGUAACUUUGACACAAAUCUUGGCCGAACGACAAAGGAAACAUGACCGUGAUUUGGAGGAGGCCAAGUACGAGAGGGAGCUGAAGGAGGCACAAAUGGAUUUAGGUGCACAUGGCGUAGCAGAGACAGGGAGUCAAGCGGAGAACCAAAGAAAUGAUAUGUAUGACGAGGACUUUGAGGAGUUGUCUGACUUAUUGUCUGUUGGAAGCGGCACCGCGGAGCCUUCUGGGAAGGCAAAGGACUUGGAAGACUUGUCUGACUUUUUAUCUGUUGGAGGCGGCACCGCGGAGCCUUCUGGGAAGGCAAAGGACUUGGAAGACUUGUCUGACUUUUUAUCUGUUGGAGGCGGCACCGCGAAACCUUCUGGGAAGGGAAAGGACUUGGAGGACUUGGAGGACUUGUCUGACUUUUUAUCUGUUGGAGGCGGCACCGCGAAACCUUCUGGGAAGGCAAAGGACUUGGAGGACUUGGAGGACUUUUUAUCUGUUGGAGGCGGCACCGCGAAACCUUCUGGGAAGGGAAAAGAAUUGGAGGACUUGUCUGACUUUUUAUAUGUUGGAGGCGGCACCGCGAAACCUUCUGGGAAGGGAAAAGAAUUGGAGGACUUGUCUGACUUUUUAUCUGUUGGAGGCGGCACCGCGAAACCUUCUGGGAAGGCAAAGGACUUGGAGGACUUGUCUGACUUUUUAUCUGUUGGAGGUGGCACCGUGGAAGCUUCUGGGGACGAUAUUCCUGAAGAUUUGCCACCGGAACCUGACUCUCCCGUCUCUACCGUUUCUGACCAUGUGGUCCCGGCCGAUUUGCCUCGCUAUCUCUCUAUUGCCGAAUUGCAAACUCGGGAACAAGCAGCUGCUGCUGCAGAUGCAUCUGGAGUUAGUUUGGAAGAACACGCGUAUGACAGUGACUCCUUUGUCCCUAUUGUGGAGUCCAACGCUGUACACAAGGCGCCUGAGGACGGUCCAGAUAUCGUGGAAGAAGUCCAAUCUCAGUACGAUAACGACUCGUUCGCUUCAUCUGUGGAGCACAGUGAUUUACAUAAGAGAGAACUGGUCGCUGAGGACAAUCCAUGCGGUGAGCUGGCUCGUCGCAUAGAGCUUCUUCGGCGACAGAUUGCUGAACGGAAACGAAAAGCCAAACUUUUAUAUCAAGAGAAGCUUCAAAAGCAGCAAACUGUGAGACAGCGGAUGAGGGAGACGGAAAUGAAGUUGAAGCAACAGUUAGAGGCGAUCAAUUCCAUCAUUUAUCGAACUGAAGCGGAGAUUGUGACGAUUGGCAUGGGGGUGGAACUGGAUGUCGAGAGUUAUACGUCUUUGUCAGCUGCUUCUAUUGCCCGACAGUCUGUACCUCUCGAGCAACGAGAACAAGCGGCGGCUGCUGCAGAUGCAUCUGGAGUUAGUUUGGAAGAACAAGCGUAUGAUAGUGACUCCUUUGUCCCUAUUGUGGAGUCCAACGAUGUACAUAAGGACGGUGCAGAUAUCGUGGAAGAAGUCCAAUCUCAGUACGAUAACGACUCGUUUGCUUCAUCUGUGGAGCACAGUGAUUUACAUAAGAAAGAACUGGUCGCUGUGGAGUCCAACGAUGUACACAAGGCGCCUGAGGACAGUUCAGAUAUCGUGGAGGAAGUCCAAUCUCAGUACGAUAACGACUCGUUUGCUUCAUCUGUGGAGCCCAGUGAUUCACAUAAGGGAGAACUGGUCGCUGAGGACAAUCCGGCUGCCAUGGAUGACAUCCAAAAUGAAUACGAUAGCGACUCAUUUGUCCCUAUUGUGGAGUCCAACGAUGUACAUAAGGACGGUGCAGAUAUCGUGGAAGAAGUCCAAUCUGAGUACGAUAACGACUCGUUUGCUUCAUCUGUGGAGCACAGUGAUUCACAUAAGGGAGAACUGGUCGCUGAGGACAAUCCGGCUGCCAUGGAUGACAUCCAAAAUGAAUACGAUAGCGACUCAUUUGUCCCUGUUGUCGAGUCUACCGAUUUGCACAAGGCGCCUGAGGACGGUCCAGAUAUUGUGGAAGUCCAAUCUCAGUACGAUAACGGCUCCUUUGCUUCAUCUGUAGAGCACAGUGAUUUACAUAAGGGAGAACUGGUCGCUGAGGACAAUCCGGCUGCUAAGGAUGAAGUCCAAAAUGAAUACGAUAGCGACUCAUUUGUCCCUAUUGUGGAGUCCAACGAUGUACAUAAGGACGGUGCAGAUAUCGUGGAAGAAGUCCAAUCUGAGUACGAUAACGGCUCGUUUGCUUCAUCUGUGGAGCAUAGUGAUUUACAUAAGAGAGAAAUGGUCGCUGACGACGGUUCAGCUGCGGUGGAAGAAGUAGAUGAGGACGACAAGAACCGGUUUGUUUCGUUUGUGGAGCCCAGCGAUUUAUGCAAGGGCGCUGAGGACCAUCCGGCUGCCAUGGAAGAAGUCCAAGAUGAGUACGAUAGCGAGUCAUUUGUCCCUGUUGUCGAGUCUCCCGAUGUGCGCGUGGGAGAAAUGUCCGUUGAGGACAAUCCCACUGCGAUAGAAGAAGUCCAAGAUGAGUACGAUAGCGACUCAUUUGUCCCUGCUGUCGAGUCUACCGAUUUGCGCGUGGGAGGAGAAAUGUCUGCUGAGGACAAUUCCAAUCCCACUGCGAUAGAAGAAGUCCAAGAUGAACACGAUAGCUCAUUUGUCCCUGUUGUCGAGUCUACCGAUUUGCCCGUGGGAGAAAUGUGCGCUGAGGACAAUCCCGCUGCGAUAGAACAAGUCCAAGAUGCAUACGAUAGCGACUCAUUUGAGCCUGUUGUCGAGUCUACCGAUUUGCGCGUGGGAGAAGUGUCCGCUGAGGACAAUCCCACUGCGAUAGAACAAGUCCAAGAUGAAGACGAUAGCGACUCCUUUGUCCCUGUGGUCGACUCUGUAGAUUUACACAAGGAAGAGCAAGACGCGAUUCUAGAGCAGGUGGAUCAAGAUGUGAAGCUCGAUGUAGAUUUAUCCGCUAAAGGAUUGGAGACAUCCGUGGACCCUUCUGCAGAGGAGGAUAUCGUUGACCAGCUUUUGGCGGACUUGUUGGACGACGCCAUCAAAGUCAUGAAAAGUGUUGAAAAACAGGGCGCCAAGGACGGUGCUGCACCUGUCGAGCAGCAGCAAAGUCCCCUUCCUGGUCCAUCACCUAGGAACUCGGACAUCUACCCCAUCUCGACUGAUACAACAACCGAGCAAAUCGCCAACCUCAUUUUCGACGACAGUCUUUUCAGAAGCCGUGACGACUAUGCAUAUGGUCAAACCUCACCACCGCAAGCCCGAAGCCCCUAUUCCACCACCCCGUCAGGCAUCCCUACCACCUCCCACCCACCCUCCACUCUCUGGCUCGGCCCUCUCUGCCCAAUUUGUCCACGCCAUGCUCGAAACCCAUCUCCCACCCCCCGACACCCCCUCCGGACACUACACCCAUGCCCCGCAAUUACCCCCCACAACCCUCGACUCUAUGCAAGUUGAAAAACGCGGUGACUACAUUCUGAACCGCUAUGCCCUCCUCUUUGAUGCCACCAAUGAAGCCCUAUCCACUCUCUUUACGCAACCAUCUAGUCGACUUGUACGUUCUCGUCCCUUGUCCCGUGCACAAGUCAUUGAACGCACCGUGGAGAUGGUACGAGGAUGGAAAGCCUACUCGGAAACUCAUGGCGAGAAUUUGGAUGCGUUGUUGAUUGCUGAAGUCAAGCAAGCUGAAAAGGCUUGGAAGGAGAUGCAAGGUUGGGAACGUCUUGUUGGUGAAAAGGUUUUUGAGAGAGUUUGGGAGGAGUGUUUGGUGGAUACUGUUGGGGUUGUUAAAAGGGUUUGUGAUGGGAAGGAAGAGAGGAUGAAGAGUGGAAUGUAAAUGUUCAUGUACCGUGAUUUGGUGUUUUUUUGGUGGAGUGGGUUUUUUUUUCUCUCUUGUGAGUAACAAGAUGUGAACAAUUGUGCAGGAACGAGUUUUUUUAAAAUAUUAAUGAUUUGUUUUAAUAAAGUAAUAUACAUAUGUG